AUGCCUCUGCGGACGAUUAACAGGAACGAAAAGAAGAGCACAAACCCUCACACUCCCGUGUUGAAGCGAAAGUACUCUGAUUUUGAAGAUCAUGAUGAAUUGUGUGAUGAUAUUAUGGUAACCAAUUGCUGGCUUCCGAUUGCGCAAUAUCAGCCACUAGUAAACACGGGAACGGAAUUUUCAGAAAUAGCACCAGUUAAUGAGUUGCUAGACACUACCGAGUCCAGUUCGAAGAAGACUAAAUUAUGGACAACAACGAAUGUAAAAUCUCAUGCAGGAUUAAUAGAAUCAAUUUUUGUAAAUAAUUAUAUGAGCAAUAACCUGAGCACAUGCAGCUCCGCAUCAAGUACUAUCAGAGAACACCUGAAAUUUAAUUAUGAACGUUUUGAAGAAAUUGAAGUAACAGAAGAAUAUGAAAUUUUCAAAGCAACAAGAAAAAGUGACCACAAGUUUUGCAGAGUAAUUGUUUCGAAAUGCGUCUUUCCAUCUGUGGAAAAAGAAAAUAUUAUCAAAUUGGUGACUCUUAAAAACAAACAUAUCGCAGAGAUUACUAAUUGUGGAUUUAUUCAACAAUUUCCUUGGUUUGAAUACAAAUGGUAUAAGGAUGGAUGCAUUGCAAACCUCAUCAAGCGAGGAGAGUAUAUUUCUGAAGACAACAUCAUUAACUUGAUUUACGGAUUAUUAGACGCUAUUCUUUUUCUCAAGGAAAAUAGAAUUUUGUUUAGAGAUUUAAAUCCACACAAUGUCAUGAUUGUAAAAUCAAAAUUCGAGUACGAAGCAUUCUUUAGUUUGGAAUACAAAGGACAGGAUUCAAAUUGUACUCAAUCUUUAUCAUCCAGUAUGAAGGUACUUGGUGAAAUAAUUUUCAUGCUCAUUUCUAGAAAGAAAAACCCUCCGCUUUCUAUCCAACGAGAAGAUCUUGUAGAAAGCAUUUCAGGUCGCUAUAGCGAGAAAAUUAUUGAUUUAUCUUUACUUUUAAUGUUUUCUGACCUCUCAAUCUAUGAAAUCUUUCAGCUCAUUCAUGAAAUGAGGUCUAUGAAAUAA